AUACCGUCACAUGGCACCCGUUUAGUGGUGGUUUUCUGCUGCCCAUCGUGCGGUCAGAAUUGAGAUAACCCGUCAGACCGUGGUUGGUUGGAAGUGGAACCGAAGAAGAAGAAAAUUUCCAUGAAUUGUACGGCCUUCAAUCUCACGCCCAGUAGUCCCUUUUUCCCGGAGAAGAAUUCCCGCCUUAUAGCAAGGACCCGGACCCAUGAUUUCGGUUUUACCGGGAAAAGACUGAAACGAUGCCGCAUGGUUGCAAUGGCCACCUCCUUGGAGUUGGAGCUCCCGCUCCUUCCCUUCAGCUUGAACGAGGUUCUUGUUCCCUCUGAGAGUAAAACAUUGCACUUAUAUGAAGCAAGGUAUCUGGGUCUACUGGAGGAGUCAUUGAUGAGGAAGAACAAGCUUUUUGUGCAUUUUGUGUUGGAUCCUAUCAUUGUUGAAAAUUCAACAGAAGAAGCAUCCUUUGCAGCCAGAAAUGGUUGUUUGGUUUUUAUAGAAAACGUUGAGCGUUUAGAAGUUGGAGCAUUAGUCUCAAUUAGAGGAAUUGGUCGUGUAAAGAUUGUGAAAUUUGUGCAGGCAGAUCCUUACUUGAAAGGUGUUGUCAUACCUGUACAGGACAGGGUUCCUGACAGUGUCAGCAAAUUACACCCAAAAGUUAUGCAAGUAAAAGAGGCUCUUUAUAGUUUAAAUAGUUUGGAAAUCAAACUCAAGGCCCCAAAGGAGGCACAGUUGCAAACUAGAAUUGCCAAUUCUCUAAUGUGGACUGAAAAGGAACUACUCUUACAUUGUAAUGAAGCUUUCUUUCCUUCAUUGGCUGAGCGUGUAUCCUUCGCAGCACUUCAACCGAUAUCAGGAUCAACUGAAUCGGAACUUUUGAAGCUGCAGCAAGAGAAGUUAAGGGCAAUGGAUCUCAGAGACUCCUUCCAGAGGCUAGACAAUUCCCUAGAAUUUGUUAAAGAUAAUAUCUCCAGGGUUGCAGCCAAGCUGGCUAUACAAUCAGUAGAGAUGCAGUAAGUUGUGGGAUUUUGUAUCCGGCCUUCUGGCAUCUCACAAGAGAGGCCCGAAAUCACGAAGCUCCAUUGGUUUGGGCAGCCAACUUACUUGGCUGAGAUUAUGUUGUAUCAUUUGAUUAGGAGGAUAGCUGAAUAAAUCGGAGCUGAGGGGGUUGAGGGGUUAUAUAUCCAUCAAGGCCUUUGGGUGUGAUUGUGUGUAAGGCUAACAUCCUUGGACAUAAUUAUGUAAGGCAAACAGGUCAUUUGGAUAUUUCUUAUUUGGUUUUCUUUUU